GGACUAUUAUCACUUCGAAACCUAUAUCUAGAACUCACGAAUUCGUUGUCGUUGUGCUAUAACCAGCUUGUUAAAAUGAAGCUGAUCUCCGCUGCUGUCGCCGCAUGCUUGCUUCCUCUUGCGCUCGCCAACUCAAUCCUUGUGACUUACCCCAAGGAUACACCGGACUCUGUGAUAGAGAGCGCGAAAGACUCUGUCCGGAAGAAUGGUGGGGUUAUUACUCAUGAAUACUCCUUGGUAAUCAAGGGAUUUGCCGCAACCGCUCCGGAAGAAGCUAUCCAGCAGAUCUCGACGCAGUCGACUGCUUAUAAGCCCACCAUCGAACAGGACCAGACAGUUUCGAUUUCGUAAAGAAUACAAUGACGACGUCUGGAUCCUUAAAAUCUCUUAUCAUGGUUCUUUGAGACCGUGAUCAGCCCCGUGGUUCUGGGUAUAUUGUUAUGAAUUAUGACAGGCGUUGUACGGUAUGCUGAUGCAUUUUAUUGUGCAUUGGCUUUGGUAUAUAGUGGUGACAAUAACGGUUUUUAGUAUUGUUAUGGCGUUUUGAGCAAAUGGAAUUAUGCUUAACGGGUCUUGGUUGAUUGU